AUGACGUCUUCACAAGAAUAUGGUUCCAGUACCUGGGAGCUUAUUGUUACUAUUGAUCACAAAUAUGGUGGAGAACAAAAACAGAGUAAACUGCAAGUAUCGGGCAACCUUCAUAUUGGAGGGGUGAUGCUCAAGCUUGUAGAACAAAUUGGGGUAUCACAGGAUUGGUCAGACUAUGCCCUUUGGUGGGAGCAAAAGCAAUGCUGGCUUCUUAAAACGCAUUGGACGCUGGAUAAAUAUGGGGUGCAGGCAGAUGCCAAGCUGUUGUUUACCCUUCAGCACAAAAUGCUGCGUCUUCGCUUGCCCAGCAUGCAAACUGUAAGACUGAAUGUCAGUUUUUCUUCAGUGGUGUUCAAGGUUGUUGGAGACAUCUGCAGGACCCUCGGUAUUAGACGGUCUGAGGAGCUUUCUCUACUGAAACCACCCGAAGACACAAAAAAGAAAAAGAGAAAAGAGAAGGACAAAGAACCAGCCAUUGAAAAUAUCUUAGAUUUGCACCAUUCCCCAGUAACUCUGGGAAUACCAGCGAGUCAAGGCCUAUAUAGUAAAACCAUGACUCCAACUUAUGAUCCUGUCAGUGGUUCACCUGCCCCUUCUACGGUCACCUGGUUCAGUGACAGCCCUCUAGCGAAACAGAACUGGGGCGGCCUGGCUUUCAGCAACUCCAGCUGUACCCCGGAGAUGCUUGCCAAACUGUAUCAGCCUCGGACAUUGGUCGACAAAUCCAGACUAAAUGCAGGUUGGUUGGAUUCCUCUCGAUCACUUAUGGAACAGGGUAUUCAGGAGGAUGAUCAGCUUUUGUUACGCUUUAAAUACUAUUCUUUCUUCGAUUUGAAUGCAAAGUAUGAUGCAGUGCGAAUAAACCAGCUGUAUGAACAAGCCCGAUGGGCUAUUCUGCUGGAAGAAAUAGACUGUACAGAGGAAGAGACUUUCAUCUUUGCUGCACUGCAGUAUCACAUCAGCAAGUUGAUGGUAUCUACAGGAUCACAGGAUUUCACAACGGAGGCCGAAAUGGAUGAAGUGGAGGCUGCUCUCUCGAAUCUGGAAGUGACACUAGAGGGUGGGAAGACAGAGAGCAUGUUGGAGGAUAUCACUGACAUACCAAAGCUUGCACAUAACCUGAAGCUAUUUAGGUCCAAAAAGUUGACACUGAAAGCCUUUAAGCAGUAUUGGUUUGUCUUCAAAGACACCUCAGUGGCCUAUUUUAAAAACGAAGAAGCUGAAAAUGGAGAACCCAUUGAGAAGCUCAACCUAAGAGGAUGUGAAAUUGUCCCCGAUGUAAGUGUGUCAGGGAAAAAAUAUGGCAUUAAGUUACUCAUCCCUGUUGCUGAUGGAAUGAAUGAAGUCCACUUGAGAUGUGAUAACGAAAAUCAGUAUGCCCGGUGGAUGGCCGCCUGCAUGUUGGCUUCCAGAGGGAAGACGAUGGCUGACAGCUCGUACCAUUCUGAGGUCCAUAACAUCCUCUCAUUCCUGAAGAUGAAGAGCAGAACGGCUGCUCCCCAAGAAGUCUCUGAUGUGGAAAGCAUGGACAUGAAACCAGAGUGCUUCCUCUCACCACGCUAUGCAAAGAAAUACAAGUCUAAGCAGUUGGCGGCUCGUAUUCUGGAAGCUCACCAAAACAUCGCCCACAUGUCUCUGAUGGAAGCCAAAUUAAGGUUUAUACAGGCAUGGCAGUCCCUUCCCGAGUUUGGCUUAUCAUACUACAUUGUAAGAUUUAAAGGGAGCAAGAAAGAUGAUCUGCUGGGGAUUUCUUAUAACCGCCUGAUAAGGAUCGACACAGCCACAGGGGACCCAAUCACAACAUGGAGAUUCUCAAACAUGAAGCAGUGGAAUGUCAACUGGGAGAUCCGGCAGGUCGCCAUUGAGUUUGAUCAGAACGUAUCCAUUGCAUUUGCUUGCCUGAGUGCAGAUUGUAAGGUCAUUCACGAGUACAUUGGAGGCUAUAUUUUCCUGUCGACCCGCUCCAAAGACCAGAAUGAAACACUUGAUGAAGAUUUAUUCCAUAAAUUAACAGGAGGAUGGGAGUGA